GCUCUCCGCCACUCGCCUGCGCCACCAACUUCGGAGCUGCAGGCCGGACCAUGGGGGCGGCCCCGGGCCGAAUCACGUAGCCUCGGCACCGGGAGAGCCAACACAACCUUUCCUGCGUCCGGGCCAUGGUCGGCCGCGGCGCCUCUCUGUGUGCGGCGCAGCCCGCGGUGGCUGAAUGUGGUCCUACCCGAGAGCCCCAGUCUCUGCUAGAGGUAUCCCCGCGCAAGAGGCUGCCCGCCGGCCCCGAGCAAGACCCAUGCGGCAGCCGCCCUGCGCCCGAAGGCGCCGGGGCCGGCGCAGAGCAGGGUCACACGGCCGGUGGGGGAGGCUGGUGCCGCCACUGCCAUACGAAACUCGUGGAGCUCAAACGACAGGCGUGGAAGUUGGUUAGCGGACCCGGGACACCCCUCCGGGAUCCUUGCUUCUCUGCUCUGCUGUUGGACAAGCUUCCUGCACCUGGGGUUCAGCUGGCGUGCCGCCCUGAGGCCGAGAGCCGGUGUGACGUAUGCACUACGCACCUGCACCAGCUUACGCGGGAAGCCCUGCGCCUGCUACAGACCCCUGCCAGCCAUGAGGACCCUGAUACCUCCCGAGGAGGCCUUGUGGCCCCCAGCCCGAGAGACCCACCUGGACCAGUAGGCCUCACAGGGAGGCAGCCCCCAGUGGGACCUGACAGGAGGAAGGCACCAGCUUGGUCACCCGGCCCCAGUGUCCAGGUGUCUGUGGCACCUGCCGGCCUUGGGGGAGCACUGAGCACAGUUACCAUCCAGGCCCAGCAGUGCCUGGAGGGUGUUUGGAGCCUCUCCAGGGUCAACAGCUUCCUGCCACCCACCUGCCUGGCUGAGGCAGCAGUGGCUGCUGUGGCCGUGGCUGACACAGUUCGAGACUGUCCCCCCACAGCAGGCCCUGAUGGUAUGUCCAAGGCAUGGGGCCGUGGGGCAGCGUGUACAUCGGCACUGGUUACCCCGGCCCCGGGCACCUCGGCAGGAGGCUCCACAGGCCCGUCGGCUGCAGCCUCUUUCUUUAUACGGGCUGCCCAGAAGCUCAGCCUGGCCUCCAAACGCAAGAAGCACCACCCGCCACCUGCGCCUACCACCCGAGGCACAUCCACCUAUCCCACGGACUUCAGUGGCACCCUGCAGCUGUGGCCGCCCCCGGUGCCCCCCUGCCUGUUCAGGGUUGCCUCCAAGGCCAAGGAAAAUCCCAGCAGCUUUGGAAAGGUGAAGGUUAUGCUGCGCAUCUGGCCGACUCAAGGAGCCCAGCGCUCGGCUGAGUCCACAUCCUUCCUGAAGGUGGAUGCUCGGAAGAAGCAGGUGACCCUCUAUGACCCGGUUUCUAGGCUCCCAGGCUGUGCAGGCCUCAGGCACGCCCCUACAGCACCAGUUCCUAAGAUGUUUGCCUUCGACGCCAUCUUCCCCCCUGACUCUGAGCAGGCGGAGAUCUGCUCAGGGGCUGUGACUGAUGUGCUGCAGUCUGUGGUUGGUGGGGCUGAUGGCUGCAUUUUUUCCUUCGGCCACGUGAACCUUGGUAAGUCGUAUACCAUGAUCGGGAAGGACAGCUCACCCCAGAGCCUGGGCAUUGUGCCCUGUGCCAUCUCCUGGCUCUUCAGGCUCAUCGAUGAGCGCAAGGAGAGGACAGGUACACGUUUUUCUGUACGUGUGUCUGCCGUGGAGGUGUGUGGCCGUGACCAGAGUCUGCGGGACCUGCUAACUGAGGUGGCCUCGGGCAGCCUUCAAGACACCCACUCUCCGGGCAUGUACCUGCGGGAAGAUCCUGUGUGUGGGGCACAGCUACAGAACCAGAGUGAGCUGCGGGCGCCCACAGCAGGGAAAGCUGCCUUCUACCUGGACGCAGCCCUAGCUGCCCGCAGCACCAGCCACCCUGGCUGUGGGGAGGAUGCCCAACGUAGCUCCCACAUGCUCUUCACGCUCCAUGUAUACCAGUACCGUGUGGAGAAGUGCAGUCAGGGAGGAAUGUCUGGAGGCCGCAGCCGCCUGCACCUCAUCGACCUGGGCGGCUGUGAGGCAGCGCUCAACAGGAGCGGGGAGUCUGCCGGGGGACCCCUGUGUCUUUCUCUGUCAGCUUUGGGCAGUGUCAUCUUGGCCCUGGUCAACGGGGCUAAGCAUGUGCCCUACAGGGACCACAGACUCACCAUGCUGCUGCGGGAGUCCCUGGCCACUGCCAACUGCCGUACCACCAUGAUUGCACACAUCUCAGACUCGCCGGCCCACCACGCAGAAACACUCGGCACUGUGCAGCUGGCUGCCCGCAUUCACCGCCUGCGCAGGAAGAAGGUCAAGUAUGCGUCCAGCUCCUCUGGAGGGGAGAGCUCCUGUGAGGAGGGCCGGGCCCGACGCCCCCCCCACCUGCGGCCCUUCCACUCACGGACCGUGGCCCUGGAUCCUGACCGCUCGGCUUCUGGCCUGCCUGGUGACCCAGACUACUCAUCCAGUAGCGAACAGUCGUGUGACACAGUCAUCUAUGUGGGCCCUGGUGGUACAGCGCUGUCAGACCGUGAGCUCACUGACAACGAGGGCCCCCCUGACUUUGUGCCCAUCAUCCCUGCACUGAACCGCCGCAGGCCCUCUGAGGGCCCCCGGGAUGCCGACCACUUCCGUUGCAGCACUUUUGCGGAACUGCAGGAACGUCUGGAGUGCAUUGAUGGCAGUGAGGGAUGCCCUGGACCCCAGGGUGGCUCUGAUGGAAGUCAAGCCAGCCCUGCCCGAGGGGUCAGAAAGCCCUCCCUACCUGAGGCCACAUCUCCCAGGAAGGCUGUGGGUCCCCCAAUGGCCACCAGCACCCCUCGUGGUAGCCCUGGGCAAGAUACUCAACGGGGCACCCCUGAGCUCUGUAAAACUGGUGCCCAGGGUGACCAGAGAGUGGAUGGUACCCGGCCUGAGUCACCAGCCCCAGACAAGACCAUGGCAGGUGGGGGCAGGAGACCACUGCCCAGCCCGGCCCCUCCACCACUUCGGCAGCCUGAAGCUCGAGGUGCCUCCGUGGAACCUGGGGGAGAGGGCCCUGACAGUGUGGUGCGGACACCCCCUGUGGGCAUGAGUGGGCAGGUGGCCCUGUCCCCACUGCUCCCGGACACAGCUUUUCCUUGUCCGUCUGCUCAUGGACGCCAUCUGGAGCGCGGCCUGCUGACCACCACAGUGACCCUUCAGCAACCAGUAGAGCUAAACGGCGAGGACGAGCUGGUGUUCACAGUGGUAGAAGAACUGCCCCUAGGGGGGCUUGCAGGGGCUGCACGGCCCUCCAGCCUAGCCAGCUUGGGCAGUGACUGCUCCCUGCAGGCCCUGGCCUCAGGCUCAAGGCCAGUCAGCAUCAUCAGUAGUAUCAACGAUGAAUUUGAUGCCUACACCUCACAGGUGUCCGAUAGCUCAGGAGGCCCUGGGGAGCCCCUAGAGGGAGCAGCCUGGGCUGGUAGCAGUCCUGCCUCAUCCAUUGGCUCAUGGUUGAGUGAGGUUGGUGUCUGCUUGGCUGAAAGUCACAGUCCUACGCCACAGCCUCCCUUCGGCCCUGACUCUUCAGCAGGGCCUGGUCCACCAGAGUUCCCUAUCCCAGACAGCUCCCUGGAGGACAGCAGCUUCAGGUCCUCAGAGCAUAGAAGACCAGAGAAUCCUGGCUCAGCCCGGAGUCCCCAUCUCGGGGAGGCAGUUGCAGCGGCCCCAGCCCAACCUGGCAGAGAGCCCUGGGCUGGGUUCUUACAUGAGGCAGCCUCAGCCCAGACCAUCCACUCCAGUCUCCCACGGAAACCCAGGACUACCUCAACAGCCAGCCGUGCUCGCCACAUCCGGGGUCCAUGCAGUCCUGGAGGCCUAUUUGAGGAUCCCUGGCUGCUCCGGGCAGAGGACAGUGACAUGCCCCAGAUGACCUCUGUAGGUGGGGCCCCCGGCCCAACCCCAGGCUCCCCUCGGCUGCCUGAGACCCAGAUGAUGCUGGCUUGUGCCCAGAGAGUGGUGGACGGAUGUGAGGUGGCAACCAGAGUGGCCCGUAGGCCCGAGGCUGUGGCUCGGAUCCCACCACUGCGGAGGGGAGCCACCACGCUAGGAGUGACCACACCUGCUGCAUCUUACGGAGACACACCAGUGGAGGCAGUGGUCUAUUCGGGAAGCCUGAAGGCCACCUCCAACAGCAAGAAGAGUGUGGCUUCCAAGGGGGCCUUUUUCCCAAGGUCUAGUGGUGCAGCCCCGCCAACCCCUCCUGUGCGCAAGUCUAGCCUGGAACAGAGCAUGGCCUUGACCCCCACUCAGGCCCUGGGGCUGACCCGGACAGGGACUGCCUCUGUUUUCCGAGAAGAGGAGGCCAGGCCCAGUGGCCGGGCUGACCACUCAGGUCCCAAGGCCACAUCUAGCCUGAAGGCCAGGGCUGGGAAGAUGGAGCUGACACACCGUCCCACUGGCCACACGUCCUUGGAGCGGUACGAGGGCCUGGCACAUGGCAGUGGCAAGGUCAGAGAAGUCCCAGGGCGGCCACCCCGGGCUGUGCCCAGGUUGGGUGUGCCACCCACCAGCCCCCCACCUGGACCAGCUCCUGCCUGUAGGGGCAGCCCAGCCAAGGGUGUGGGAGCAUCGAAGCUCCCAGCUGGUGGGGCCAAGGGCCGUAGUUUAGGGGCCAGUACCUCUCGAGCUCUGGGUGCUUCAGUGAAGCCUUCGGCCCCUGUGGUAGGCAAGACCCCUGCUGGCCCUGUGCCAGGUCCCCGGACAGCUCCACGGUCUGUGCCUGGCGUUGGAGCCAAAGCUGGCCGGGGCACCAUCAUGGGCACCAAGCAAGCGCUCCGGGCUGCCCACAGUCGUGUCCAUGAGCUGGCAGCCAGUGGAGCUCCUGGCAGAGGUGGCCCCUCGUGGGUCUCAGCAGACUCCGACAGCGGCAACGACAGUGGUGUGAACCUAGCUGAGGAGCGGCCACCCAUGAGCCCCGCCCUGCCCUCCCCCUACAGCAAGGUGACCGCACCAAGAAGGCCUCAGCGCUACAGCAGCGGCCAUGGCAGCGACAACAGCAGUGUGUUGAGUGGGGAACUUCCACCCGCCAUGGGCCGCACAGCUCUCUUUUACCACAGCGGCGGCAGCAGCGGCUACGAGAGCAUGAUCCGGGACAGUGAGGCCACAGGCAGUGCCUCUUCAGCCCCGGACUCCAUGAGUGAGAGCGGGGCUGCCUCCCCGGGUGCCCGUUCCCGCAGCCUCAAGUCCCCAAAGAAGAGGGCCACAGGCCUGCAACGGCGGCGGCUGAUCCCGGCUCCGCUACCUGAUGCUGCUGCCUUGGGCCGCAAACCCAGCCUUCCUGGGCAAUGGGUGGACCUGCCCCCACCCCUGACUGGCUCUCUGAAGGAGCCCUUUGAGAUCAAGGUAUACGAGAUUGAUGAUGUGGAACGCCUUCAGCGGCACCGCCCACCCCUGCGGGAGGACACAGCUCAGCCCUCUCAGGAUGUGGAGAAGGGCCCUGUGUGCAUCCGCUCUAAGCUGCGACUGGCAGAGCGCAGGCAGCAGCGACUGCUGGAGGUGCAGGCCAAGCAUGACCGUCUCUGUGAGGAACUGGCUGAGACCCAGGGCCGGCUAAUGGUGGAGCCCGGGCGCUGGCUGGAGCAGUUUGAGGUGGACCCAGAACUGGAGCCCGAAUCGGCUGAGUACCUGGCGGCCAUGGAACGAGCCACGGCUGCCCUGGAGCAGUGUGUGAACCUGUGCAAGGCCCAUGUCAUGAUGGUCACCUGCUUUGACAUUGGUGUUGCUGCCACUACUGCUGUGCCUGGGCCGCAAGAGGUGGAUGUUUGAGGCCAAGUGCUGGACCUGGGCGGGGACACGCAGGGAGUGUGAAGACAGGAUGUGGGAUGGAGUGAGGAUGUGGAGGGGGUUGGAGGGUUGAGGACGCAGAGGGGGUCUGUGCGGGACCAGGGGGGUCUCGAAGAGAAGAUGGAGCAUGGGAAAGGGGAGGGAGGGCCAGGCCGGUGGACAGAGAGAGCACAGAGACCGAAAGACCGUCACCACCCAGACAGCCACGCAAGUGCCUUUAACCUCGAGUAGGCCAUUUCUCCUUUUCUAAUUUGGUGCUACAGACUCAAGACAGAGACCAGCAGAGUCUCAGCCUGGGCGGCUCCAGCUGCCCUAGGCAGGCUAAGCCGGUUGUUUGUUUCUGAUUUUGCCUUCCUUACAGCCAAGCAGUUUUGUGUAGCAGGGCAGACCUGUGCUGGCCAGCUGCCUUUUAGGACUGGGCUGCUUUCCCUUUGUGAGCAGCUCUCUCUUAGAGGCCACAAUAGUGGUUGCUGCCCACUGCAGCAAUCCACCGAGUGGGGACAGUCCCCUCCCUUCCCUGAGGGCCCCACUCUGUUAAUGAGGACACCAAGGGCUACAGGCAAGGGCGGGGUCACAAGCACACAAUGCUUUCUUCAACGGCAGGAAUUCAUACCAAAACCACAAGCAAAAACAAAAAAAAAAACAAAAACAAAAAAGCCACA